CUGCGGGCUGGGCAAGCCAGCUGUGACGUCCCGCGCCCGGGCCCGGGGCGCCGAGGGGAAGGCAGGGACGCGCCUUCAUAAAUAGCAAACCGCAGCCACCGAUGGGGAGCAGAGACAGCGCCGCCGCCGAAGCCGCCGUCUAACGGUAUCCUCGCCCGGAGCGGCAGCUGCAGCCCAGCCGGCCCCGUCUGAGCCCUGGGAGGCCACCAUGCUCCCGGCCCCCGCCUGCGCCCUUCUCUUCAGCCUCGCCUGGCACCUGGCCUCCGGCCAGGCCAUAGGUGGAGAAGUAGCUUCCCAGAUGCUUAAGGAGAUGAAGGAAACGAACUUCGUGCUCCAGGAGGUGCGGGAGCUGCUGAGGCAGCAGGUCAAAGAGAUCACUUUCCUGAAAAACACCGUGAUGGAGUGUGACGCCUGCGGAAUGCAUCCGGACGCCUCAGUGUCCUCGAUCAGCGUGAGACCACUGCAGCGCUGCGACCUCAACCCUUGCUUCCCGGGUGUGGCCUGCACGGAGAAUGCCAGCGGUGUCCGCUGCGGGCCCUGUCCACCAGGCUACAGCGGGAACGGCUCCCACUGCGUCGACGUGAACGAGUGUAACGCGCAUCCCUGCUUCCCCCGGGUCCGUUGCAUCAACACCAGCCCGGGUUUUCGCUGCGAGGCCUGUCCCCCCGGCUUCAGCGGGCCUGCCCACGAGGGCGUCGGGCUGGCCUUCGCCAAGGCCAACAAGCAGGUCUGCACCGACAUCAACGAGUGUGAGACGGGCGAACAUAACUGCGUCCCCAACUCCUUAUGCAUCAACACGCGGGGCUCCUUCCAGUGCGGGGCCUGCAAGCCGGGCUUCGUCGGGGACCAGGCUUCUGGCUGCCGGCGGCGGGUGCAACGACUCUGCCCUAACGGGGAGCCCAGCCCCUGCCACGAGAAAGCUGAGUGCAUCCUGGAGAGGGACGGCUCCACCUCGUGCGUGUGCUCCGUGGGCUGGGCCGGCAACGGGCUCGUGUGCGGCCGGGACACAGACCUGGACGGCUUCCCGGAUGAGAAACUGCGAUGCCCGGACCGCAAGUGCCGUAAGGAUAACUGCGUGACAGUGCCCAACUCGGGGCAGGAGGAUGUGGACCGGGAUGGCAUUGGGGAUGCUUGUGACCCUGAUGCCGAUGGAGACGGGAUCCUCAAUGAGGAGGAUAACUGCGUACUGGUGCGGAAUGCCGAUCAACGCAACGGGGAUGGGGACAAGUGGGGAGAUGCCUGUGACAACUGCCGAGGGGUGAAGAAUGAUGAUCAGAGGGACAGAGAUCACGAUGGCAAAGGGGACAUCUGUGAUGACGAUAUCGAUGGGGAUGGGAUUAAGAACGUUGAAGACAACUGCCCAUUAGUUUCCAACCUCGACCAGAAAGACACGGACCGGGACAACGUGGGAGAUGCCUGUGACAACUGCCCUUCCGUUGACAACCCCGACCAGAGUGACGUGGACCAUGACCUGGUGGGAGACGCGUGUGACAGUGACCAAGACCAGGAUGGGGACGGACACCAGGACUCGCGAGAUAAUUGCCCCACAGUGCCGAACAGCUCACAGCAGGACACGGACCAAGAUGGGCAGGGGGAUGACUGCGAUGAUGAUGAUGAUGGGGACGGGAUCCCAGACAGUGCGGCUCCCGGCCCAGAUAACUGCCGCCUGGUCCCCAACCCGGGCCAGGAAGAUGCGGACGGCGAUGGAGUCGGGGAUGCCUGCCAGGGUGAUUUUGACGCAGACAAGGUGGUGGACAAGAUCGACGUAUGUCCUGAGAACGCCGAGGUGACAUUGACCGACUUCCGGGCCUUCCAGACCGUGGUGCUAGACCCUGAGGGUGACGCCCAGAUCGAUCCCAACUGGGUCGUCCUCAACCAGGGAAAGGAAAUCGUCCAGACGAUGAACAGCGACCCCGGCCUGGCUGUAGGCUAUACGGCGUUCAACGGUGUGGACUUUGAGGGCACCUUCCACGUAAACACGGCCACGGACGACGACUACACCGGCUUCAUCUUCGGCUACCAGGACAGCUCCAGUUUCUACGUGGUCAUGUGGAAGCAGAAGGAGCAGACCUACUGGCAGGCCAACCCCUUCCGGGCUGUGGCGGAGCCAGGCAUCCAGCUCAAGGCGGUCAAGUCGCAGACAGGCCCCGGGGAACAGCUGCGCAACGCCCUGUGGCACACGGGGGACACGGCCAAGCAGGUGAAGCUGCUGUGGAAGGACCCACGCAACGUGGGCUGGAAGGACAAGACGUCAUACCGCUGGUUCCUGCAGCACAGGCCCCAAGUUGGCUACAUCAGAGUCCGCUUGUACGAAGGGCCUGAGCUGGUGGCCGACAGCAACGUGGUGCUGGACACAACCAUGCGAGGGGGCCGGUUGGGUGUCUUCUGCUUCUCCCAGGAGAAUAUCAUCUGGGCCAAUCUGCGUUACCGCUGCAAUGACACCAUCCCUGCGGACUACACAUCUUUUCGCCAGCAGCAGAACUAGCCGGGGGCCCCAGCGGCAGAACCGGCUUCAGCCCAGUGAAAUAAAAGGCCCACCUCACCUGCUCCCCUCCACAAACACACACUGCUCUCCACUCUCCCAACCACCCCUCGUGUAAACACCCGUAUGUACCACACCACUAGAUCCCUCCACACCACGCUGCCUCUGCCGCCGCCAAGCGCUGCAGGAUGCACACAAGCUGGGACGACUGGAGGGUGCGGGGUCCUCUGGCCAUGUUGGUCGGCAUCCCAGAGCGGCCAUCCCCUGCUCCGCCCUGAGUGGAGCAAACAGGCCGUUCGGCUUGUUCACCAGCUGCAGGGAAGGGGCUCUGUGGGACAGGGGGCCAGAUACCCUAACCCCAAUACAGGGAACCGGCCGGGAGCAGGAGAGAGAGAGAGACAGAGAGAGAGAGAGAGAGAGAGAGAGAGAGAGAGAGAGAGAAAACAAUAAAGGCCUUGGUGCGUGGGA